AUGGCUUCAUCUUCGUCAGACGGUUCAUUGAUACCUCCCGAAAUAUUGGAAUCAAUAUUUGGUAGUGUUCCAGCUGACGAUCUAAAACGAUUCAAGUUGACGUGCACAGAAUGGAAUGCUCUCUUCAAAGAUAAGAGAUUCAUCUACGAUCAUCUAGAACAGGUCAAAGAACGUAUUAUACGAAUCACUGAUAAGGUUCAGAUCAUUAAUCCCGCGUCCAACGAUGAUCAUUCUUCUUUACCACUCCCAAAUGAGUUUCAAGGAAGCGGUAAGCUGUCUAAUAUUGUUCAUUGUGAUGGGUUAUUGCUAUGCAUCUUUCGUCAUCCCAAAAGACUCGCUGUUUGGAACCCUUGUUUUAACCGAGUUAGAUGGGUCACCAAACCUAGGAAAUCUUAUGCAGUUAAUGAUUAUUACGGCAUUGGAUAUGAUGGUGUAUCUCGUGAUAACUACAAAAUCUUGAGAUUUUACAAUGAAAAUAUUUUCGAAGACAACCGGUGCCCCACGGGUAAGUAUGACCCACCGGUUGAGAUCUACGACCUCAAGUCAAAUUCUUAG